GGAUGCGUGCAGCAGGCGGACGGCGCGGGACAAUCCGCGCGCGCGCGCGUGUGUGUGUGUGUGAGAGAGAGUGUGAGAGUGUGUGUGCGCUUUCCAGUCUCAUAGAGGACAAAUGCGGAGCGGAACAGAAACACUGCAGCCAGCAGGAACACCUUCACAUAGCCUCCUGAUUUCUGGCGCUUCACGACUGUUGAAAUAAAACGAGAGUUUGGGGAUAUCAUUUUGAUCCCGUUUUACCGUUCGUGGAUUAUUUCUUGUGCACCGGCACCGUUAACACAUCAGGGCACAUGCACAACCUGCUGUCUUGGAUGGAUUCUAAAUAAAGAGGGCUCUGCUGCAGGAUGACAAUAUGGCCGCCCCGCUGCUCGCACCCCCAGGCCCCGAUAGCUUCAAGAAAUUCACCCCGGAGUCUUUGGCCAACAUCGAGAAGCGCAUUGCUGAGGAGAAGAAGAAGAAACCUGUCAAACCGCGGUCUGACAGCAGUCAUCGUGACGACGAUGAGAACAAUGGGCCGAAGCCCAACAGCGACCUGGAGGCGGGGAAGGGCCUGCCCUUUAUCUACGGGGAUGUCCCCUCGAACAUGCUGGCAGUGCCCCUGGAGGACUUGGACCCCUUCUAUUUGAACAAGAAAACCUUUAUAGUGCUAAACAAAGGGAAAACGCUCUUCCGUUUCAGUGCCACGCCCUCGUUGUAUAUCAUCAGCCCCUUCAGUCUGUUCAGGCGAAUAGCUAUUAAAAUUUUGAUACAUUCAGUUUUCAGCAUGAUCAUAAUGUGCACCAUUUUAACCAACUGUGUGUUCAUGACAUUAAGCAACCCGCCAGAAUGGUCCAAACAAGUCGAGUACACGUUUACAGGGAUUUACACGUUCGAGUCUCUCACAAAGAUUGUGGCUCGAGGAUUUUGUAUAGACGGCUUUACGUUUCUCAGAGAUCCCUGGAACUGGCUGGAUUUUAUGGUCAUCUCCAUGGCAUAUGUAACAGAGUUUGUGGACCUCGGGAAUGUGUCCGCCCUGAGAACCUUCAGGGUUCUACGAGCUCUCAAAACUAUUUCUGUCAUACCAGGGCUGAAGACUAUCGUGGGAGCUCUGAUCCAGUCGGUGAAGAAGCUCUCGGAUGUGAUGAUCCUGACGGUGUUCUGUCUCAGUGUGUUUGCUCUCAUUGGCCUGCAGCUCUUUAUGGGGAACCUGAGGCAGAAGUGUGUGUUCUGGCCAAUCAGCAACGAGACAGUAACCUACCUGUCCAAUGGGAGCGUAGGAUUCGACUUUGAUGAAUAUAUCAUGAAUGAUACAAAUUUCUACUUUCUGCCAACUGGUGGAGAUGCUUUACUGUGUGGAAAUAGCUCUGAUUCUGGACGCUGUCCUGAGGGUUACACAUGUAUGAAGGCAGGUCGUAAUCCUAACUACGGCUACACCAGCUUUGACUCGUUUGGCUGGGCGUUCCUCGCUCUCUUCCGACUCAUGACACAGGAUUUCUGGGAAAAUCUGUACCAGCUGACCCUUCGAGCUGCAGGAAAGACCUACAUGAUCUUCUUCGUGCUGGUGAUCUUUGUGGGUUCCUUUUACCUGGUGAAUCUGAUCCUGGCUGUAGUGGCCAUGGCCUAUGAGGAGCAGAACCAGGCCACCAUGGAAGAGGCUGCGCAGAAAGAGGAAGAGUUUAAAGCCAUGUUGGAGCAGCUCAAGAAACAGCAGGAGGAAGCUCAGGCCAACGCCAUGGCCACGUCAGCAGGGACAGUAUCUGAGGAUGCCGUGGAGGAUGACAGAGGUGGACAUCUGUCACGCAGCUCCUCCGAGGUGUCCAAGCUGAGCUCUAAAAGUGCCAAGGAGCGACGGAACAGGAAGAAAAAGUGGAGGAAAGAGCAGGAGAAGGAGAAAGGAGACAGUGAGAAAGUGGUGAAAUCCGAGUCAGACGACGGCAGCAAGAGGAGUCGCUUCCGUUUCCCUGACAACCGGCUGCACAGAAAGACCUCUAUCAUGAACCAGUCUUUGUUAAGUAUACCUGGCUCCCCCUUCAUGUCCCGCCAUAACAGCCGCAGCUCCAUCUUCAGCUUUAAGGGUCGUCCGCGGGACGUCGGCUCAGAGAACGAGUUUGCGGAUGACGAGCACAGCACGGUGGAAGAGAGCGAAGACCGCCGAGGUUCCCUCUUCAUCCCAUACCGCCGCAACAGCUACAGCGGUUACAGCCAGGGCUCAUCACGCAUCAACCCUCUUGCGCCACACACGGGCUGCAAGAGGAACAGCACGGUCGACUGCAAUGGCGUGGUGUCUCUGAUCGGGCCCGGGCCCGGACGCCUUCUGCCUGAGGUGAAAAUAGAUAAAGCAGCUUCUGACGACAGUACGACUGAGGUGGAUAUGAAGAGGAAACACUCGGGAUCUCUCAUGGUGUCUGUGGAUCAGCUGAACACGUCGUUCGGGCGUAAAGAGAGAGCCAACAGCGUGAUGACUGUUAUCACUAACACCCUGGUGGAAGAGCUGGAGGAGUCUCAGAGAAAGUGUCCUCCAUGCUGGUACAAGUUUGCCAACACGUUUCUAAUCUGGGAAUGUUGUCCUCUCUGGCUGAAAAUUAAGGAGAUUGUCAAUCUGAUAGUCAUGGACCCCUUUGUGGAUUUGGCCAUUACUAUAUGUAUCGUGCUGAACACUGUGUUCAUGGCCAUGGAGCACUAUCCCAUGACCGAGGAGUUUGCGGGGGUUCUAAGUGUAGGAAAUCUGGUUUUCACGGGUAUUUUCACAGCUGAGAUGUUUGCAAAGCUGAUAGCGAUGGACCCGUAUUACUACUUCCAGGAAGGCUGGAACAUAUUUGAUGGCUUUAUUGUGAGCCUGAGUCUGGUGGAGUUGGGGCUUGCUGAUGUUGAGGGGCUGUCAGUGCUGAGAUCCUUCAGAUUGCUGAGGGUCUUCAAACUGGCUAAGUCAUGGCCCACCCUGAACAUGCUGAUCAAGAUCAUCGGGAACUCAGUGGGUGCUCUGGGAAACCUGACCCUGGUGCUGGCCAUCAUCGUCUUCAUCUUUGCUGUGGUGGGCAUGCAGCUGUUUGGGAAGAGUUACAAGGACUGUGUGUGUAAAAUCGCCUCAGAUUGUGUAAUGCCACGCUGGCACAUGCACGACUUUUUCCACUCGUUCCUGAUUGUGUUCCGCGUGCUGUGUGGAGAAUGGAUCGAGACCAUGUGGGACUGUAUGGAGGUGGCGGGACAGAGCAUGUGCCUCAUUGUCUUCAUGAUGGUCAUGGUCAUCGGAAACUUAGUGGUUCUGAAUCUGUUCCUGGCUCUGCUGCUCAGCUCGUUCAGUGCUGAUAAUCUGGCUGCCACGGAUGAUGAUGGGGAGAUGAACAACCUACAGAUCUCCGUGAUCCGGAUUAAAAAGGGCAUCGCCUGGUUCAAGAUCCACAUGCGGCUGCUGGUGGCUCACGUUCUGAAGAAGUCGCCUUUGGAAGACGAGGACAAGCCUUUGGAUGACAUGUAUGAGAAAAAACUGAACAUCAUUGGCAACCACACAGGAGUGGACAUCAAAUGCGGUGAUCUCGACUUCGCCAAGAACGGUAACGGCACCACCAGCGGCAUCGGCAGCAGUGUGGGCAAGUACAUGAUCGAUGAGGACCGCAUGUCCUUCAUCCACAAUCCAAACCUGACCGUGCGCGUCCCCAUCGCCGUCGGGGAGUCGGACUUUGAGAACCUGAACACGGAGGACUUCAGCAGCGAAUCGGAUGUGGAGAACAGCAAAGAUCUGGACGACACGAGCUCAUCAGAGGGCAGCACUAUAGACAUAAAGCCGGAGGAGGAAGAGGCGGGGGCGGUGGAGGUGGUGGAGGAGUAUCUGGACCCGGAGGCAUGCUGGACAGACGCCUGUGUGGCACGCUAUAAGUGCUGUGAUGUGUCCAUCACCGAGGGUUGGGGGAAACACUGGUGGUACCUGAGAAAAACCUGCUACCUCAUUGUAGAGCACAACUGGUUUGAGACACUCAUCAUCUUCAUGAUCCUACUAAGCUCUGGGGCUCUGGCGUUUGAGGACGUGUAUAUAGAACAGAGGAAAACGGUUCAGAUCAUCCUGGAAUACGCAGAUCGCGUCUUCACCUACAUCUUCAUCCUGGAAAUGCUGCUGAAAUGGGUCGCCUACGGAUUCGUCAAAUAUUUCACAAAUGCCUGGUGCUGGCUCGACUUCUUCAUCGUAGACGUGUCUAUAGUCAGCCUUAUAGCUAAUGCGCUGGGGUACUCAGACUUGGGCCCCAUUAAGUCCCUGAGGACUUUGCGGGCCCUCAGGCCCCUGAGAGCUUUGUCCCGGUUUGAGGGAAUGAGGGUUGUGGUGAACGCUCUGGUGGGGGCCAUCCCAUCCAUCAUGAACGUGCUGUUGGUGUGUCUGAUCUUCUGGCUCAUCUUCAGUAUUAUGGGGGUGAACCUGUUUGCUGGAAAGUAUUACUACUGCUUUAAUACGACGGAAGAGGCGUAUUUCGAGACCACGGACGUCAACAACAAGACGGAAUGUUUUGCACUCAUCAAUUCCAAUCACAGUGAGGUUCGCUGGAAAAACGUCAAGAUCAACUUUGAUAACGUGGGCGCUGGAUAUCUGGCACUCCUACAAGUGGCCACAUUUAAAGGUUGGAUGGACAUCAUGUACGCAGCUGUGGAUUCCAGAAAGGUUGAAGAUCAGCCGAAGUAUGAAGACAAUCUGUACAUGUACAUUUAUUUUGUCAUCUUCAUCAUCUUUGGCUCGUUCUUUACACUUAACCUCUUCAUCGGUGUCAUCAUCGACAACUUCAACCAGCAGAAGAAAAAGUUUGGAGGUCAGGAUAUUUUCAUGACAGAAGAACAGAAGAAAUACUAUAAUGCUAUGAAAAAACUGGGUUCGAAGAAGCCACAGAAGCCCAUCCCCAGACCACAGAACAACAUCCAGGGGAUGGUGUUUGACUUCGUCACUCAACAAGCCUUUGACAUCUCCAUCAUGAUACUCAUCUGUCUCAACAUGGUCACGAUGAUGGUGGAGACAGAUGACCAGUCACCAGAGACAGAGAACAUUCUGUACUGGGUCAACUUUGUCUUCAUCGUUGUCUUCACUGGAGAGUUUGUGCUGAAGCUCUUUGCACUACGACAUUACUACUUCACCAACGGCUGGAACAUCUUUGACUGUGUGGUGGUAAUUCUGUCUAUUGUGGGUAUGUUCCUGGCAGACCUGAUCGAGAAGUACUUUGUGUCACCCACUCUGUUCAGGGUGAUCCGUCUGGCUCGAAUCGGUCGUAUCCUGCGUUUAAUCAAAGGAGCCAAGGGGAUCCGGACCUUACUGUUUGCCUUAAUGAUGUCACUUCCUGCCCUGUUUAACAUUGGCUUGCUGCUUUUCCUGGUCAUGUUCAUCUUCUCCAUAUUUGGUAUGUCCAACUUUGCUUAUGUGAAGCGGGAGAUCGGCAUCGACGACAUGUACAACUUUGAGACGUUUGGAAACAGCAUGAUCAUCUUGUUCAUGAUCACCACAUCCGCAGGGUGGGAUGGUUUGCUUGCUCCCAUCCUCAACUACCCACCUGAUUGCAACCCUGAUAAGGAGAACCCAGGAACCACAGUGAAGGGUGACUGUGGCAACCCUUCUGUGGGAAUCUUCUUCUUUGUCAUGUACAUCAUUGUGUCUUUCCUGAUUGUUGUAAACAUGUACAUUGCCAUUAUUUUGGAGAACUUUAGUGUUGCAACAGAAGAAAGUGCUGAUCCAUUGUGCGAGGAUGACUUCGAGUCCUUCUAUGAGAUCUGGGAGAAAUUUGACCCGGAUGCCUCACAGUUUAUUACCUUUGCCAAGCUCCCAGAUUUUGCGGAUACACUGGAACAUCCUCUACGUGUUCCUAAGCCCAAUAUAAUCGAACUUAUUGCCAUGGAUCUACCCAUGGUGAGUGGCGACCGUAUCCACUGCUUGGACAUCCUUUUUGCUUUUACCAAGCGUGUCCUGGGCGACAGUGGAGAUCUGGACAUGAUGCGUCAGCAGAUGGAGGAGCGCUUUGUGGCAGCAAACCCUUCCAAAGUGUCCUACGAGCCCAUUACCACCACGUUACGCCGAAAGCAAGAGGAGGUGUCAGCCAUUGUGAUCCAGAGGGCGUACCGCGGCCACCUCAAACGGCGGGGUUUUGUCUGCAAACGCCGGCCUGCCAACAACAAGCUGGAAAACGGAGGGACAAAUCAGGAUAAGAAGGAGGACACCCCCUCUACUGCGUCCCUGCCAUCCUACGACAGCGUAACCAAGCCUGAGAAGGAGAAGCAAGACGACAACAACGAGGGAAAGGGGCGUAAGGAGAAGGGCCGAAACCAAAAAGACGUCAGGGAAUCUAAGUGUUAAAGCUGCAGCUGUGGAACACAUGGACAGCAGAAACAGUCAUGAUAAUUAAUUUAUUAACUGCAAUUUCAAGCAAAAACAAGCAGAAACCCUAAAAUCAGACUACACAGAUGUGUGUACAGAUUAAUUUCAUUUGCAAGUAAGAAAAUGAUAUCUUAAAAUCCAUGAAUAAAAGGACAAGAAAAAAUUGUUUACAAACUUCACAGGUAUGGAUUCAAUGGAAAGCACUGGGGUUUCUUCAACGCUUGACUCUUUAAAGUUAAACCAAACAUAAUCAGCUCCCUGUGAGACACUGUUGCAUCAAAACCUGAGUUAAACUAAAUCUAAUAGGAUCUUUCACAAAGGACUGAUACUUGAUAAUCACAUAUUAGAGGGCUACACUUCAGGAUGGAACCUGUUGCUUGUAUGAGGAAACCGAGGAGGAAAAAAUAAUCCCAGCAUGGCGUGUCGUUCCAAUAAUCCGGAGAAUCUCGUGCCGAUGCUGUGUGUUUAUAAAACUUUCCGUAAAGGAAACGAACACUCAGAGAAGAAUCGGCUUCUAAACACGAACAGCAGAGAAAUCUGCACUCUUUCAUUUCAGACGAACUCUAAGUUGAUUGUGAGCGUGAGCAGAGAUCAGUGGAGUGUGAUGAACAAAAUCAUAGAGCUUGGCUGAUUCUAAUGGUAUCUCUGUGUUAGUCAGCAUUAAAUAUACUUUACAUGGUCUUUACAUUAUUUGAGCGGCAAAAAAAAAGGAAAAAAGAAAGGGAGGAACAGCAAAACACCAACGAGAGCGUAAAGAAAAUCGACAUUCAGCGUUUUGCCCAUGUCACCCUCAGUAACUGUCAUCAUAGAUUUGUUAUUUAUACUUAUGCAUCAAAAGCUUUUUUCUACAUGGGCUUUCACAGUGAUAAGGAAAGGAGGCAAAUGCCACGUGCCUCCGACUAUUUCCGACAUUUCAAAAUUAAUAAUAAAUUAUUGUGCUUGUUCAAUGCAUAGAAAUGACUUGCAUGAUGGCAUGUUUUGAUCAGAAAUUCUUGCAUGAAUAAUCAUAGUCCACAAAACAUGAAUACAGACAACCACAGUGGCUUGAUGGUACAUUAAAGGCUGUCCACUGGCUAAAUUAAGUUAAAUCUGACAAUGCUGAAACUGUAAUGACCCUAAAAUCAUGAUAUGUCCUUUAACUCGCCGAUUUUGGGUUAAGUAGCUACCAAGAGCCUCUUAACUGACUGAAAAGCAAUGAUGACUGAAAGCAAUGUGACACACUGGUGAGGAACAUACCACUUUUUUGCUGCUCAGGAGAUAAUGUGUAUGGACAAAUGUGUGUGUGUGUGUGUGUGUGUGUGUGUGUGUGUAUGUGUGUGUGUGGCUCCUAAAGUGUUUGUUUUCCUUUGAUUUGUAUGCAGCAAUAUUGCUUACCUUACCUACAGCACUGGCCUCUCGGUGCCCUGUAGAUGUGUGGCUAACGAAGCGAGCUGCGACCCUGGGCUGCGACCUGCUACACGCCGUUUCCAAACCGGAGUAAGAUUCAGAACGUAGAAGUUGUUUUUAAUUGAAUUUCAAAAAGUAACUAUUUCAUUACUCCACUCCAUCGGAUUACUUUAUAGAGCUCGACUACGUCUACACCCGUGUGUUUUCACUUUAGUUUAUGUUGUAGAGAUGUUUUUUUUUAUGUCCCGUACAUCUUUGCAGUAGGACUCUGAGAGGCAGUGUAUUAGAAAGCCAAAGAGGUUUGUCUUGGUAGUUUGGCUGAAAAAGGUCUCAGGACCAGGCUGCGGUCGCACAACCAGCCACACACCAGACCGAUGCUUGUUUAGUUUCCCUCAUUUUUCUCAGGAUACAACACAGAUUCAUCAUGCUAACGGCUAACAGAUGAUAAUGAGUCGAGUCGUAGGGUUACGAGUCAGAGCUGAGCACCGCUCCAAGCUGCUUCCAGCAACGAACCUUCAACAAUAACCGCAGUAAUAAUUAAAAAGAGAGAAUUCACUGUGAGGCGAUUAGAUUAAAAGAAGACGGAUGUAAAUCUGGCAUCACCUGUGAGCAGUACUCAUCUCUGUUGCUUUGAAGAAAACCAAGUUUGUUCAUUACAUAACACACUAACAUCGUAACCCGAACCCUGAGGCAGAUGACGUAAUAGUGGGGCACUGCGUAAUGACGUCGCCUUCCCGAGCCCCCGAUUCGUCCCGUCCGCUGCAUGUGUGAUCAGCGAGGACACUGUGGGAAGAAAAGGAAAAAACAACGAAACACACAACACCAUUUGCACUCGUGCAGCCAUCCAGGACAGACUGUAGAUUAUGCAUUCAUUAAAAUCUAAUUUAGAAAUAUCGAUUCUAUUACAAAAAAAAAGAAAACAAAUUUUACAAAAAAACAAAAUGAAACUAAACACUAUUGUACAGUACAGGAUAUGAUGCGAACGGCACAGAAUGCCGAACGAGUUAAGAAUGAACUUUUUAAGAAGUCUAUAAAUAAUGUAAUAUAUAAUUUUAUUUUAACGGCAUGCAAAGUUUUGUGUAAAUACAGAAAUACAUAAAAACUACAGCUAUUAAUCUAAUCCUGAAGACGAAUAAUAAUAAUAAUAACCUGAAUAGAAUGGCUUCACUCUCAUCGCCCAGGUCUCACUUGGUUAGACUGUGAACUAUUUGGUAGAAGGAGUAGAUUUUUUUUGAGUCUCUUUUCACAAUUAAUAAAAAGGGGAAUCGAAUACAAAUAUAUAUUAAAAUGCAAAAAAAAGUAUGUAAUUCUAUAUAUAUAAGAUCGAGGCGUAUAUAUAGAGCUUUACUGUAUAUGUAUCUAUGUAUACAUGUAUUUGUACGUGUGUGUAUCUAUGCACACACACACACACACCUAUGUAUGUAUAUAUAUAGACAUAUACAUGUAAUUAUUAAUAUUAUUAUUAAACCUCCACUGAGUUCUGACCUCUGCUUGGGGUGGAGGGGACGCGCCACUGACUGUCCUUCGCUCAUCUUACCUUUAUUUUUGUGCAAUACGUUCAGUGAACGACCAAAACUCUGGCCUGUCCCACACACUGUGUGUGUGUGUGUGUGUGUGUGUGUGUGUGUGUGUGUGUGUGUGUGUGUGUGUGUGUGUGUGUGUGUGU